AUGGUGGCGCACCUGUCGAUUGCGUCGGUGUCGAGGGUGUCGCCGCAAGUCGUUCUCGCGGGCGUCGUCGGCGCUGGGGCGCAGUGGUUGAAGAUUUCUCGGUGCGACGCGAGCGAGCGGUACUCGACGACGUGUCGGUACGCGUUCGGGAUCGAAGCGCACGUCAUCGUGAGCGCGGUGUUGUCGUUUUUGUUGGUAUUUCGAGCGGUGCAGGCGUUCAGCCGGUAUGAGGACGGGAAGGAGGCGCUGGUGGAGAUGAAGGAGGCGCUGAGGAACGUCGCGGCGGUGGCGGAGUGCGAAUCAAAGUUGACGCGGCGAAAGUCGGCGUCUCACACAGAGAUUCGUCGAUUGUGUAACCUCGCGUACGCGUUUAUGCGACAGAGUUUAAGAGAAUCUCGGAUAGGGGUGCGCGAUCCGCGCGCGCGUGGAGUGAAAUUCGACGUCUCCACCCGUGCGAUGUUAGCAGACGACCGCGACGGCACGCCGAGCGUCGCCGAGCUCACUUCAGAUGAGGAGCGAGAAAAGUAUGCAAAACUGAGCGCUGAAAAUCGUCCGGAAGCGGCCGUGAUCGAUAUUUUAUGCCGACUCGAGGGCAGUGGCGUGCUGCACGAGCGCGCUGCGAUCGAGGGAUUUCGCGAGGCGCAGCGGGCGCUGAACGCCUAUCGACGCGCCUCGAUGAUCGUCGACACGCCGACGCCGACGCAGUACACGCACCUCAUUACGGUCACUCUGUUCUGCUUCAUUUUCUCGCUCCCGUUUGCGCUGUCCACGGUGACGGAUUGGCGAACGCCGCUCGUGUGCGCCAUGGUCGCGUGGUUGUUUUACGGCGUCAACGAAAUUGCGUGCGCACUCGAAAAUCCAUUCAAGUGGACGCUCCCAGCGCACCCACUCAACGUUUUCGGCCGGCGAAUUCAGCGAGAGAUGGACGCGUUCAGAGUGCGAGAAGACGCGACGGGCAUCGAUGAGGACGAUGGGUUACUCACGGUGGAUUCACUUAAUUACUCGAGGUGGCGCAGCAGACUUUGGUUCGUAACAGAUUGCUUCGCAUGGAGUGGCACGACGCUUCCGUUGAUUGUCAAGCAGAUAAUAUUUGCCGCGACCGUAGGAAUAAUCGCUCAGUGGAUGAAAGUCGAUAUCUGCGGCGACAACGUGACGGAUUCUUCGCAGUGCAUGGUAACGUUUGAUUUGUCGGCGCACAGCAUUUUGGCUAUACCUAUCUCAUUCUUACUCGUCACGAACACGGAUUGGGGUUACGAGAGGUUUGUUUCUUCAAAGACACUCAUCGUGGAUCUUCAAAAUGAGUUGCGUUCUUUGUUAAUGUGUGCAUGCAUUUUUACCGCGCCGAGAAACGAGAGUGACGGAGUGCAUUCCAUCAAACCAGACAUUUUGGAGAUCGAACGCAUGACGGGCGUCCUCUUCAGCUUGACUCGCAUCGUUGUUCGAGAGCUCGUGAGCAAAACCCCCAGCGGCGAUGUGGCUACUCUAAACGAUUGUCUGAGCACGGAUGAGUACGCUGGUGCGGCCUCACUGAAAACGUUGCUCACUGAUGACGAAAUCACAGAAGUGAAAUCACUACCCGCGAACGCGCUCGUGUCUUGGGCCGCCAUGAAGUUGAAUGCUCGCUUUGAUGCGAUGCGUCAAAAUGAAGAGAUUUCCGAUCGAUUCAGUGCAGAGGCAUACCGUCGCGUUUGUUCUUCGUUGAAACACGUUCAAGGACUCAUCCGUGUGACAACGACGCCGGUGCCGAAUCACUUUCAUCAUCUGCUGCGAAUGUCACUCUUCUUCUACGCCUUUAGUGCACCGUUUAUCUUCAGCGUUACCUACCAGUGGAUAACGAGUCUUCCAGCGAUGUUGAUUGCCCUUGGGUUUUACGGCGUCGUCGAAACGUCGAAGGGAAUGAUGGAACCGUUCAGCUGGUCCGGUCCAAGACACGAUCUCGGCCACAUCGGCACGUGCAUGCUGUCGCGUCAUGAGCGACUUCGUGCGCUCGCAUUACAUGCUCGAAGUGAGAUUGAUGAUUGGAACAAGCUCGAAGACGAGGCUGAAUCUUUGAAUCGUCAGCUAACGCCCUCUUCUAAGGUGAAGAAACCGAUUCGCACGCUGAUUUUGGAACGAUUCAAGCACGCAAUAUCAGAGAGAUCCCUCAGAUCCCGUCUGCUCCCAAACGAGUUCGACAGAGAAGCGGCGUCAGUGAAAAACAUACUCGCCAUGCGCAUAGGUUGGUUAACGAACGUUUUUAUUUUGCAGGGUACAGUCAUACCAGGGCUGUCCGUACAAAUUAUUCUAGCAGGCGCGAUCGCUCUAGCGGCGAACGGGUUGAAAAUUCGAGAAUGUGGCAACACUGUAUCGAAUGUGACGCAGUGCGCUUUCACGUUUGAUUCGAGCGCCCACGUGAUGAGUGGCGCUAUCAUCGGUUUUACGCUCAUUUUCCGGCUCGCUCUCUCGUACACGAGGUACUACGACGGCAAAGGAGCGCUAGGUCUGAUGGUAAACAGCAUCCGCUGCCUCAAUGUUGGUGUUAGCACUAUGCUGCGGUCGUCACGAAUUAACGCUACACCGAAUGUGUUGAAAGAAGUCGAUGAGGACGCGGCAGAAAUCAGGAGGUUAUCAAACGUGCUAAUGGGAUUCAUGAGACAGGCGAUUCGAGAACGGCGUCACGGUGUAGACCCUUCAUCCCUCACAAAGAAGGCACCGACAACGGAUGAGUACAUUGAGGACAUGUCAGGAUGGCCCUCGCUUUCACUUUUACUGAGUGACAAAGAAAAGGACGUCUACGCUAAAGCUGAUUACAGAGCUCGUAUCGGAAUUUGCGCUUCGAAGAUUAUCAGCAUCAUAGACGAGAGGCGAAGGCUCAAACAUAUUUCUGAUCGAAGUGCAUAUGAAAUGCUUGGGCACGUGGAAAACUGCAUCAGCGCAUGCGCAACUGCCGAGCGCCUUCUCGCCAGCUCAAUGCCCUUCGCAUUCUUGCACUUGAUGAACUUCGUGCUUUUUGUAUUUGUCAUGACGGCUCCGUUUGUGUUCGUCACAUCGUACAAAUGGCUCGCGCCGUUGCCGUCGAUGUUGGUUGCCGCAUCGCUGUUUGGAAUUGCAGAGGUGGGUAGUCUCUUGGACGAUCCUUUCGGUUGGUCAGAGCCGAAACACGAUUUGACUAAAGCUGGAUGGGCUUCGUACACAGAAACGCUCUCGAUUCACGAAAAAGCUGUGCGGACCUUCGGUGGACGAGAGGACACGACGCACUCGGGUGUCGACGCGUUGAUCUUGAGCGGAGCAGCGGUGCCGAACGCGUUGAAACAACCCACAGUAUUACAACAGGUUCGCCGCAAGCAUGGGGCUAACUCUGGCGCUUCAUAUUUCAGACAGCUUUUGAAGUUUAGGAACACUAUCUUCCCGCACGUUUGGCCCAUCAUGAGUGUCAUGCUCUUCUUUGGUAUAGGAGCUCAGGCUUACAAGCUAAGCACGUGCGGGAGCGGUGUCGCAGAACACAAUGAUUGCGAUACCACUUUCCACCCAGCGGCCGUCUCAAUCGUUGGAAGAAUGUGCAUGUUCGUUCUCGUUUACCGAUUCUUCUUCGCAUUCCGCGCGUUCCAGGAGGCGAAGACUGGUGUGUACGAUUUGAUGUGCGCCGUUCAAACACUUAACGUGCAAGUCUGCUCGCAUUUGCGAGAAUCAUCAUCCAGCAAGUCAUCCUGCGAUAAACCGAGUGAAGUCGUUCGGAACGCUCGAUAUUCUGUCUUACGUCUCAGUAACGCACUAUUCGCAGUCAUGAGGCAGAGUUUGUGGGGAGUUUCCGAACAUGGAUGCGCACAGCAAAAAGAUGCCGAGAUUCUCUUCCUCGACGCACAAGCAAACUCUCAUCUUGGUUCACUUCUCGAUGAGGACGGUACAACUGCCUAUCUCUCGCUACUCAAUAUGUCUGCGGACGAACGAGUCGCGGAGAUCGCGACACGUCUCCUCAAGCAGAUUGAAUUUGCUCGAAAACCUGGAUGCCUAAGCAACCGCGGCGCGGCAAUGAUGGUGAACGCCACACAGGAUGCUUUGCACGCGUUUUCACGUUGCACGCGUGCAAAAACGACAAAGACGCCGUACUCGUUGAAUCACCUGAUCAACCUCACGGUGCUUUUGUGGAUGUUUUCCACAGCGAGUGUUCUAGUGGUGUCAUUCAAGUACUUGACGUGGUUGCCACUCGUCAUUCUUUCGUUGACCUUAUAUGGGCUGCCCGCCAUUUCCAUGCAUCUCGAGGAGCCUUUCAUGUACAACGGCAUGUGUUCGAACGACCUGGCCGACAUGGGCCAGCAUUUGUGGAAUACGUGCGCGUCCACGCAUGAAAUUUUGUCAGAAAGUGACGAGAUGAAGCACCGGGUUGAAGCUCUGGUGAAGGCCGUGGAGACGAAGAGCGCACAAGUUGCAAACGAGUGCUACAACCGAGCGCAGGGGCAAUUACAUGAAUCUGUGUUGAUGAAGCCUACCGAAAACGCAAAUCCUACAUGGACUUUCCCCGAAAAGCGCGUAUUUCGCGGUGGAAAGUUUGGUUUGCUCCGUGAAUUGUUCUCGAUUCACGGGACGCUCAUCGUGCCGACGUUGCCGUACAUCUUUGUGUCGUCUGGUGUCGCGAUGGCAAUGUUCCUCAUUUCGAAAGCUGUGUGCACGUACGACGAGAUGUACGACAGUGGUACGUGCAAGACACUGGUGGGUUUCGAGGCGCACUCGCUCGCGGCACCUGUGCUGAGCUUUUGCAUUGCUUACUUGCUGAAUUUAACGCACCGGCGCUACUACUCGGGACGAAAAUACUUGGACGACAUCGUCGAUCAUGCCAGAGAUAUCAUCAUCGAUUUGAACAUCGCGUUUCACGUUCCUGAAACCGCCGAAGAUCGACAGUCGCACGAGCGGAUGUUACACAUGUUGAACGCUCUAGUGGCUUUUAUUCGUCAGUCCGUGCGCGAGUGUUCGCAGGGGUAUCCAUCUCAAAUCAAGGCGGAGACGGCUGACAUGCUCAACACCGUGUUGGAUGACGAUUUCACCGGAUCACCAUCAACGAAGGAUCUGCUCAGCGCCGAAACGCGAAACAUGUUUGCGAGAAUAGCGCCGGCGUUUCGAGUGGCCAGAUGUGCCGCCGAUCUCAAGCGCGAGCUGCGCUCGCUUCCGAAACACCAAAUAGGAAACGAGCAGAGGUACUAUCGCCUUUACCGCUCCAUUGACGGCAUCACCGACGCGUGGACGAACUGUGAGAUCGUUGUAGGAACGCCCAUCCCUCCGUUCUACAUGUUCACCGUCUACUUCUUAUGCAGCGUGUUUGUACUCACGUCGCCUCUGGCGUUUAUUCACACGUACGGCACAUACGUUGCGGUUCCCGUGGCCUUGCUCACCUUCGUCAUCACCGGGGUCGUGAUCGUAUCUCGACGCAUUAUGAAUCCAUUCACGUGGACGAUGGACUCGCACGAUAUCAACGCUUUGAUGACGUCGCGAGUCUGGAGACUCACGGAACUCUUUUCCCCGACGCGCGCGUGUGCUGGGGCAUAA